AUGAUAUCUUUGUAUUUAAGAUUGGAACUGGAUAAAUUAAGAUCAUUAAUACGAUAUAUUAUGCAAUUUAUAACAUUACGGCAAUUUUCUCCAAAUGACAAAUCUCUACCACCUUUAGGAAAGACACUUUGGUGGAUACCAUCAGCAACCAAAAAUUUAGCGUUAAUAAAUGCAGCCAACAAAUUAGGAACCGAACUAUUACAUUUUACUGAAUUAUAUAACUCUGCUUUGGAUCAUAUUGAUCUGAUGCGUGAUUAUUACAAUUGGCAAAGUUUAGGGCCUUACGAAUGUUUUUCUUAUUGCCAAUAUCCAUUCAUUCUGAGCAUUGUUGCAAAGAGGAUUAUACUUACUAAAGAUUCAGAACAGCAAAUGAUUCUAAAUGCUAGAAAAUCAUUAGUAUCUAAGGUUGCAAGAAGGCAGACACCUAAUAUCGAUAUAUUCUUUUUAAAUAUAAACGUCAGAAGAUCACAUUUGGUACAGGAUUCGUUAAAUGAGAUUGCUUUCAAACAGAAGGAUUUAAAGAAAAAGUUAAAAGUGACAUUCGCCGGGGAACCAGGACUAGACAUGGGUGGUCUGACAAAGGAAUGGUUUUUACUUCUGAUUCGCGAAAUAUUUCACGCCGAAUACGGAAUGUUCGUGUAUUACUCGCACUCGCGGUGCUACUGGUUCAGCACCGGGCAGACGGACCACACGAACCUCCGCGAAUACAAUCUCAUUGGUGUACUGAUGGGCUUGGCAGUGUAUAAUUCCAUAAUACUGGACCUGAGUUUUCCAGGAAUUUGCUACAGGAAACUUUUAUCGCCACCAGUCGUGCCUACCGUCAACGACGACAGCGUGGGCAUCGUCGAAAAUCCCACGUUAGACGACUUGAACGAGAUCAUGCCAGAUGUAGCCAGUGGCUUAAAACAUCUACUUGAAUACGAGGGAAAUGUUGAAGAAGAUAUGGGACUUACAUUUCAGGUAUCAUUAGAGGAACACAGAACACCCAAAACGCACAAACUAAAACCAAACGGAGAAAAUAUACCAGUUACGAAUGAAAGUCGUGAAGAGUAUGUAAACUUGUACUUGAAUUGGGUACUGAAUUUAUCCAUUUACGAACAGUUCCGUGCAUUUUACUUCGGAUUUCACAGCGUAUGCGCCUCCAACGCUUUAAUUAUGCUGAGACCAGAAGAAGUCGAAUUGUUGGUCUGCGGCACGGACACGUUAGAUUUGCAUGAACUCCGCAAAGCCACAGAAUACGAUGGCUAUCGACCGGACGACAACAUUAUUAGCGUCUUUUGGAAUGUUGUCGAUUCGUUAUCGGACGAUCAAAAGCGUAAAUUCUUACUGUUCGUCACUGGAAGCGACCGCGUGCCAGUCGGCGGCAUGGGAGACAUGAAUUUCAAAAUAACUAGGGGUCCCAACAGAUCUGAUUACUUGCCCGAGGCGCAUACAUGUUUUAAUCAGUUAGUGUUACCCCAAUAUCCGGAUCACGAUCAACUUAAGGAGAAACUGAUGACGGCCAUACUAAAUGCUGAAGGAUUUGGAAUGGAAUAA